AAUUUAUACGAUGUAGUCGUAGAAGAUGUGGUCGUCGUUACUUACAGCGAAGAGUAUAUGUCAGAACCAGAUUUUUAUUUAGACGAUUCGAACGGAUUAUUUGCGAAUUGGUCAAUAGUGAAAAAGUUUCCAGAAGGUACUCAGGUAAGAUUUUCAAUAAAGGCAGCGUCAAUGGGUGAAUAUGUAAUAGACUUCGGAAUCGAUAAAAUUGCUGAUCUCUGUUAUUCUUUUGAAGAACCUAUACUUUUAGGUGUUUACGGAUGCGAAGAUUAUCACACGCCUGUAGACCAACUACCACAUAUUUUUGUGCCAAACAAUUAUAAUGAUAUUGUUGAAAUAUUUUAUGAAGAACAAAAAUUAUUAAUUAUUCAUUAUAAAAUGGUUUUAAACUGGUUACCCGAGAAAAAAUGUGUUGAAUUAAUUGUUUAA